GCUCGGUAUUGAAAAAAGGAACAGUGUAUACGAUAUCAAAUAUAAAAAGUGUCCUGUGUUACUAUAAAAUCGAAAUAUAAUGCCAGGAGCCGGCGCAAAGUGUGCGCUGCUUUUGGUCAUUGGCCUGCUGCUGGGCUCCAUCCUGUUACCAACACAGAUUGAGGCCUACUCUCAGGUGAUGGUCAGUGGCAACGGAGCUGCAACGGAUCAGGGACCGCGAAUAUUUAAAGCACUAAAUACGGAUUUGAUAUAUCCCAAAAUCUUUAAUUCGAGCGAGAAUGUGGUGUCCACGACACCCGGAUUGCCCCUGCCCAUACCCUACAAUCAUCAGCCGGAACCAGCUGCGGAGUCCGAUGCACCUGCGGAGUCGGAUGCAGCUGUCGAACAGCCUUCAGCUGUGUUUGUUACGCCUCUAAGCGUAAGCACAACGGAGCUGCCGGUUGCAGCCAGCGAGGCGCCAGCGCAGGGUUUGAUUGAGGCAGCCUCCACUGGACGUGCCGUGGACUAUCGUCCUGCAUAUCCUUUUGGACAGCUGAUAACACCGCUGAUUAAGUCAGCGCGUCCACAGAAAUUCAGUGCCAAGCCGCGUCCUUCACAAAAUCGCUUCUAUUCGAUGGGCGGUCGCCCAAAGGCGUCCAACAGUGGCUACAAGCGUGGUCAAAUAGAUCGAUUUGCGCCCGGUCAGACUGUUGCCUCGAAUUUAUUCAAGGAUCAUGAGCAUCAUCAUAAUCAUCAGCAAGCUAAACUGGCAGCUGGAUCGAAUGUGGUACCCUCAUAUGUGUCCAGCAAGGAUACGUACUCCUUUCCACCACUUAACAACAAAUAUCCGUCGCCCUCGGAUGAUCCGAAGGCUGCGCAGCCGUCGGAUGAAGUAACCAGCUAUUUGCCUCCAGCCUCGGGCAACGAUUUGAGCAAUGCAGGUUAUGUGUAUCCUGGACCCAUAAUUGGCUCCUCCGGCUAUUCCUAUCCAAAGCCUAGUAAUACGGACAAGCAGCCCGCUGCUAGCACACCGAGUGCUACGCCAGACGACGAUCUUGGGAAUGAUGAUGUGAUUGGCGUGCUGCCUGCCAGUGCGCAGGAUAUGGCACCGCCUGCUAACAAUCAGGCUGGCAAGGAUGCGGCCGCUGAUGCAGCUCCCUCAGAUGCGGGUGGUUCUGAUGGUGAUGGGAUUGCUGCCAGCAAUGAUAGUGGCAGCAAUGAUUCAGCUCUGCCACCUUUGCAGACUGAUGGCGGUCGUCCCAGUGACGACAAUAAGUAUGAUCCCCAUAUGGAAUAUGCGACACCACCUCCUGGCUGGCUAGAGGCGCAUCCGGAAUCGGCGGCACAAAAGCCAGCAGACCACGACCAUGAUCAUGAUCACGAUCACGAUCAUAUUCAUGAUCAUCAUCACGAUCACUAUCCAGACGUUUAUCCCUCGUAUCCCGAUGUUUCGUAUCCAGAAAUUAUUUACGACCACCAUCCGCAUCAUCAUCAUCAUCAUGUGGAGCCACCACCACCACCGCCGCCUACACCACCGCCACCACCACCAACUGAACCUCCACCACCUCCUCCACCACCGCCAGAACCACGUGUCAAGAAAUACAGUUAUUUCUAUAUUGGUCGAAAACUUUGGUACAUUCCACUGUACUUCACCGUGUGGUUCAGUUUCUACAUUCUGUGGCUGAUCAUCAAGUCCAUUGGCCGCCACAAGGUCAACUUGCCAAAUCACUACGUCUCGCGGCGCAGCUUGCCCGAUUACACAGAGCAGAGUCGAGAUGAGUACAUUAACGAGAUGACGGUUAAAGUGCUGGAACAGAUAGAUAGUUUUAAGCAAAAGUAUUUGAACUGA